CUUCCCGGAACAUCGCGAAUUUCGUCAAGACUCCCAACACCAUCCGAUUCAACCCACUCUUCCCCCCGAACGAUUCAUCGCCUCGCCGACCGCAACGAAGCACCACUUGUCACUACACGAGACGUGCGAACUUGACAGACGAUAAUUCACAAUGGCCGCCGCUCGCCCCUUCUACACCGCUAUCUUCAAGAACAACUUCUCCAUGCUUGGCUUUGUCUUUGCGACGGGCUUUGCUUUCGAGAUGGGCUUCAACGGCGCGAUGAAUAAGUACUGGGACUACCUGAACCGCGGCCGUCAAUGGAAGGACAUCCGCCACAAGUACGUCGAGGCUGCCGAUGACGACGAGGAAUAGACGACGAAAUCUACGACUGUACUGGGAGAGCGAAUUAGAGGGAACGAGGGGCCUUUUUUACCUUUCCAGAGCUUUGGCUUGGUGGAGGACGGGGGAGUCCCUAGGUGGGCGUGUAUUUUGUACCGAUAGACGGAAGGGCGUGUAGAACAUCAAGCUACCUUUCUGCAUAUUACUUACAUUUGAGGCUCUCCUUGGUUUUCGUGAGGGGUGACCUGGUGAGGAUCUAGUUGGAUAAGCGAUGGCAGACUCUUUCCCCUUGGCAGUUAUUGAGUUGGUUGUGAUGAGUUUCCCUGAGAGGUCCUAUAUCGCAACUGAAAGUCAUAGUGGUUUAUGUAGCUAUAAAACUGCGUUUCCGGUAGGAGCUUCACCCAGCAUGUACAUAUUUUCGGUCCACGGAUCACGUAUAGGUACUGCAAGAUGGAAAUUACACACAGGACCAUACUUAUAUUCAAGCAUUUAUAUGGG